UCGACAAAGCUGACUCUCCACGUCAUCAACGAAAACUUACCUGCUCUUCUUGGUCGAGACGGUAUGCGAGAGUUGGAAAUUUAUCUCAGCAAUAUUCAUUCCGUUCAGCGCUCCGAUCUGCCUACACCAGUGGCCCAACGAUUAGAAGCCCUGUUGGAAAAGUAUUCGUGCGUUUUUGAGCCUACCAUCGGUGAAAUUAAAGACCACGUCGAAUCGUUACACUUCAAACCAGAUGCUGAACCAAAAUUCCUGAAAGCUCGACCCGUACCGAUCGCUCUACGGUCCAAAAUUGAGGACGAGUUAGAUCGUUUAGUCGCCAACGGAGUUCUCGAAAAAGUUGAAACCAGUGAAUGGGCUUCGCCGAUCGUACCAGUCGUUAAAAAGAACGCUGUUCGCAUUACAGGCGAUUACAGUGGAACCGUUAAUCCACAAAUAUUCAUCGACCAAUACCAGUUUCCUGGCUACGACGAAAUUACAACGCAAAUGUCCAACGAAGAAGGCUCCGAAGUUCACUCGUCAGUACUCGAUGUUUAUUCGGCGUUCCUGCACAUGCCAACUGACGAAAAGACAAGCGACGCUCUCGUUAUCAACACGCACCGCGGACUUUAUUGCCCGAAACGCAUUUUCUUCGGCGUGGGUUCAGCUCCGGCAAAGUUCCAAAAAUGGAUGGAUGGAAAAUUCCGCCGUAAAGGUCGCGUAGUUGUGCACGACGAUAUUCAUCUCUCAGCAGCCAGCAUCGAAGAACAUUUUCGUCUGUUGGAAGACACUCUUAGAAUCUGCAAAGAAGCUAAUUUACGCUUGAACCGUUCGAAAUGCCGUUUUUUCGAACGCAAAGUAAAGUUUGUUGGAUACACGAUUGACGCGAAUGGAGUUCAUGAGACCGACAAUAAAGUUUUAGCAGUUCUCAACGUUCCUGCACCCACCAACCCAACGGAGGUGAAAUCGUUUCUUGGUCUCGUCGGUUUUUACUCGAAGUUUGUCCCUCAUCUGGCGACAAUAGCAGCUCCGUUACAUCGUUUAACUCGUCAAAGCGAAGAUUUCAUCUGGACAGACGAAUGCGAACAAAGUUUCCAGCAUGUCAAACAAGAAAUUGCGUCAGAACGUGUACUCACUCGCUACGAUCCGAAAAAACCAAUCGUUUUGUCCGUCGACGCCAGUCCAGUUGGACUCGGUGCAGUAAUCGCUCAUUCUAUCAACGGCGAAGAACGUCCCAUCGAAUUCGCUUCACGUAUGCUUACCGACACCGAGCGAAAGUAUACCCAACUCGACAAAGAGGCACUUGCGAUUAAAUGGGCCGUCACGAAGUUUUUCAACUAUCUGUACGGACAAAGGUUCGUUUUAUACACCGAUUCAGAGCCCUUGACUCAUAUUUUUGGGCCUCACCGAAAGAAGUUGCCAGCGCUUAGCGCUACUCGUAUGAUGCAUUACGCGUUAUACCUUCAACAGUUCGUUUUCGAUAUCAAGUACAGACGCUCAGAGAAGAACGGUAACGCCGAUGCCCUCUCCAGAUUACCUCUUCCUGCUUCAUCCGACGAUCUGUUCGCGAGCAAAGACGACAUCGCAGUUUUCCAUGUCUCACAGAUGGACAAAUUACCUGUUACGAAACGCGAACUCGCGAAAGCUACGGUUAAAGAUCCGGAAACACGUUCCAUUCUCGAUGGUCUACGCGCAGGAAAAAUCUACAAUUCGCCUUACACCUGUGAAGGUGACAUUUUAUUCAUGGGUAUGCGCGUCUACGUUCCGUCUGCUCUGCGUUCAUCGGUUCUUCAAGAACUUCAUAAAGGCCACAUCGGCGCAUCGAAAAUGAAAUCGCUCGCUCGAUCUCACGUAUAUUGGCCUAAAAUCGACAAAGACAUCGAAAACAUCACGAAGAAAUGUCAAUCUUGCGUCGAAAACGCAAGUGACCCGAAGAAGACUUCUCAUUAUUCGUGGGAACCAGCGUCCGCGCCUAUGGAGCGCAUUCAUAUUGAUUUUGCGACCAUCAACGGUAAAAUUUUAUUUUUGAUCGUUGAUGCAUUCUCGAAGUGGGUCGAAGUCGAUAUCGUCCCCUCUACGUCAUCGAAGUCUGCGAUAUCAAGCUUGGAAUCGUUUUUCACCACGUUUGGUAUUGCUCAAACAGUAGUCUCCGAUAACGGAACAGCGUUUACAAGUUCCGAGUUCAAGGAAUUCGCAGAGAAUGUCGGUUUCUGCCAUAAAACGAGUGCUCCGUUUCACCCAGCAACCAAUGGCCAAGUCGAACGUUUUGUGGCCACUGUAAAAAAUUCGUUGAAAAGGUUGCCUGGCACCGACUUGCAGCAGAAGCUGAACGAAGCGUUAUUUGCGAUCCGCCGAGCUCCGCAUACGACAACGGGAAUUUCUCCAGCCAAACGCUUCUUGGGCCGCGAGCUAAAUUCUCCGUUAAAUUUAUCUGCCGUUGCCAAGGCAAAGUCGAAGCCAACGCCGAUCUCUUGACCUCCAGUCUCGUUUUCCGAGGGGGAAAGAGUAGCGGCUCGUAAUUAUUCUCGUCACCAAGGGAAAAAGUGGCUGAUUGGAAAAAUCGUCAGUAAAGACGGCGAAGUUAAUUAUACGGUAUCAGUUAACGAUUCGCUUCAUCGAUUUCAUGUCGACCAACUGAGAAAGAUCGAUCAAAACAUAUCGCCGACAGGAAUCGUUCCUAUAUUUUUCCCAGCCGAACGAAGUGCGUCGCCGGAACCUCUAUUAGAUCCAGGAGAAUCGCCGGUACCUCAGCGAGAACCUAGAGAACCGCCGAAAUCGCCGCCGCCUGUCGUCAGGAGAUCAAAGCCGCCUGUCGUCAGAAAAUCGAAGCCGCCUGUCAUCAGGAAAUCAUCGCAAUCUCGACGCCAGCCUAAUCGAUUAAACCUCUAGUUCUCAAGAGGGGGAAGAUGUGGUAGCGCUGUUUGCGCCAUUCGAGCCGGCAACACUGACGCGCCACGCGAUCAUACGUUAUCUCGUAGAUUAGGAUUAGAUUUCAUCAUUCCAUGUAUUAUGCCGAUUAGUUCGAAUGCUCGAAUAUGUUUCGUGUUUAUUUUAUAAUAAUAAAAGUGUUAAUUCGAAGUCGUUUAAUGAGUUUAUAAUAAU